CGGAGCUUCGCCCUUCGCUGGCUGGAAAAGCAGUAGAUACGGCUAGCGGCGAGAGCAGGAGCGCAGCCUUAGCCCUGCCGGGGCGGUGGGCUUUAGAUGGCUUUCGUCUAGGUGGAAGUUACGAUGUAGGCAGCAUCGAGUAGCGGAAGAAGCGCUGGGAGUGCAUUGCAGGACUGUGGGGAAAUUUCCUGAUUCCUGUCUGACCAGAGUGACCUCAGAAAGGAGGGAAAAUGGCUUCUGAGUCUGAAACUCUGAAUCCCAGUGCUCGGAUAAUGACUUUUUACCCAACCAUGGAGGAGUUUCGUAACUUCAGCCGAUACAUGGCCUACAUUGAAUCCCAAGGAGCUCAUCGGGCUGGGCUGGCCAAGGUCGUUCCUCCAAAGGAGUGGAAGCCCCGAAAAUCCUAUGAUGAUAUUGAUGAUCUGGUCAUUCCUGCCCCCAUCCAACAGCUGGUGACUGGGCAGUCUGGCCUCUUUACUCAGUACAACAUACAGAAGAAAGCCAUGACUGUUCGAGAGUUCCGCAAGAUAGCCAAUAGUGAUAAGUACUGUACCCCACGCUACAGUGAAUUUGAAGAGCUUGAACGGAAAUACUGGAAAAAUCUCACCUUCAAUCCCCCAAUCUAUGGUGCAGAUGUGAAUGGCACUCUCUAUGAAAAGCAUGUUGAUGAGUGGAAUAUUGGGCGUCUGAAAACCAUCCUGGACUUGGUGGAGAAGGAGAGCGGGAUCACCAUCGAGGGUGUGAACACCCCAUACCUGUACUUCGGCAUGUGGAAGACCUCCUUUGCCUGGCACACCGAAGACAUGGACCUGUACAGCAUCAACUACCUGCACUUUGGCGAGCCAAAGUCCUGGUACUCUGUCCCCCCGGAGCACGGAAAGCGGUUGGAGCGCCUUGCCAAAGGCUUCUUCCCUGGAAGCGCUCAGAGCUGCGAGGCUUUUCUCCGCCACAAGAUGACCUUGAUUUCCCCUUUAAUGCUGAAGAAGUAUGGAAUUCCCUUUGACAAGGUGACCCAAGAGGCUGGAGAAUUCAUGAUCACUUUUCCUUACGGUUACCAUGCUGGCUUUAACCAUGGCUUCAACUGCGCGGAGUCUACCAAUUUUGCUACCCGGCGGUGGAUUGAAUAUGGCAAACAAGCCGUUCUGUGCUCCUGUAGAAAGGACAUGGUGAAGAUUUCCAUGGACGUGUUUGUGAGGAAGUUUCAGCCAGAAAGGUACAAACUUUGGAAAGCGGGGAAGGACACCACAGUUAUCGACCAUACUCUGCCCACGCCAGAAGCUGCCGAGUUUCUUAAGGAGAAUGAACUGCCCCCAAGAGCCAGAAGCGAGGAGGAGUGUCCAGAGGAGGAUGACAUGGAAGGGGUUGAGGAUGGAGAGGAGGGCGACCUAAAGAGAAGCCUAGCGAAGCAUCGUAUAGGAACCAAGAGGCACCGAGUUUGUCUCGAAAUACCCCAGGAGGUGAGUCAGAGCGAGCUCUUCCCCAAGGAGGAACUGAGUACGGGCCAGUACGACAUGACGGAGUGCCAGGCUGCCCUUGCUCCUGUGAGGCCCACCCACAGCUCUGUGCGGCAAGUCGAAGAUGGCCUUCCCUUCCCAGAUUAUUCUGACUCCACGGAAGUCAAAUUCGAAGAGCUUAAAAACGUCAAACUAGAAGAAGAGGAUGAGGAGGAAGAGGAGGAACACGAAGCAGCUGCCUUGGAUCUUUCUGUGAAUCCUGCCUCUAUAGGGGGACGCCUUUUCUCAGGUUCCAAAAAGAAACCAUCUUCUAGCCUGGGCUCUGGUUCUUCACGGGAUUCUAUUUCUUCCGACUCAGAAACCAGUGAGCCUCUGGCCUGCCGAGCCCAAGGGCAGUCGGGAGUUCUCACCGUGCAUAGCUAUGCCAAAGGGGAUGUCAGGGUCACCGUGGGAGAGCCCUGCACCAGGAAGAAGGGUGGCGCCACCGGAAGUGUCAGCGAGCGGGAGCUGGCAGAGGUGGCUGAUGAAUUCAUGUUUUCCCUGGAGGAGAAUAAGAAGUCCAAGGGUCGUCGUCAACCCUUGAGCAAGCUCCCACGCCAUCACCCGCUUGUGUUGCAGGAUUGCGUCAGUGAUGAUGAGUCCUCUGAACAGCUGACCCCCGAGGAGGAGGCUGAGGAGACAGAGGCCUGGGCCAAGCCCCUGAGCCAACUGUGGCAGAACCGACCCCCGAACUUUGAGGCUGAAAAGGAAUUCAAUGAGACCAUGGCCCAGCAGGCCCCUCACUGCGCCGUCUGUAUGAUCUUUCAGACCUACCAUCAGGUGGAGUUUGGGGGCCUUAGUCAGAGCUGUGGCAAUACUCCAGAUUUAGCCCCCCAGAAGCAGAGGACCAAGCCAUUGAUUCCUGAAAUGUGUUUCACCUCAACUGGCUGCAGCACGGACAUCAACCUUUCUACCCCUUACCUUGAGGAGGACGGUACCAGCCUUCUAGUUUCCUGCAAGAAGUGCAGUGUCCGGGUCCACGCCAGUUGCUAUGGAGUACCGCCUGCAAAGGCUUCUGAAGACUGGAUGUGUUCUCGGUGUUCCGCCAAUGCCCUGGAGGAGGACUGCUGUUUGUGCUCAUUACGAGGGGGAGCCCUCCAGAGAGCGAAUGAUGACAGGUGGGUCCACGUCUCGUGCGCUGUGGCAAUAUUGGAAGCAAGGUUUGUCAACAUUGCUGAAAGAAGUCCAGUGGACGUGAGCAAAAUUCCGCUGCCCCGCUUCAAACUGAAAUGUGUCUUCUGUAAGAAGCGGAGGAAAAGAACGGCCGGCUGCUGUGUGCAGUGCUCCCACGGUCGCUGUCCAACUGCCUUCCACGUGAGCUGCGCCCAGGCUGCCGGGGUGAUGAUGCAGCCGGAUGACUGGCCUUUCGUUGUCUUCAUUACCUGCUUUCGGCACAAGAUUCCUAAUUUGGAGCGUGCCAAGGGGGCCUUGCAGAGCAUCACUGCAGGCCAGAAGGUUAUUAGCAAACACAAGAACGGGCGCUUCUACCAGUGUGAGGUGGUCAGGCUCACCACCGAGACCUUCUAUGAAGUCAACUUUGAUGAUGGCUCCUUCAGUGACAAUCUCUAUCCUGAGGACAUAGUGAGCCAGGACUGCCUCCAGUUGGGUCCUCCUGCUGAGGGAGAAGUGGUCCAAGUCAGAUGGACAGAUGGCCAAGUCUACGGAGCCAAAUUUGUGGCAUCCCACCCUAUCCAGAUGUACCAGGUGGAGUUCGAGGACGGCUCACAGCUUGUGGUUAAGAGAGAUGACGUGUACACACUGGACGAAGAGCUUCCUAAGAGAGUCAAAUCUAGACUGUCAGUAGCCUCAGACAUGCGCUUCAAUGAGAUUUUCACGGAGAAAGAGGUUAAGCAGGAAAAGAAACGGCAACGAGUGAUCAACUCCAGAUACCGGGAGGAUUACAUCGAGCCUGCGCUAUACCGAGCCAUCAUGGAGUAGGUGCUUCCUGGGGCCGAGAGGUGCCCAGCCAUCAAGGCGAGAGCACUGUGGGGUUCCACAGCACAGCAGACACUUGGAACUCUGAAGUCACAAAAGUGAAGUUGUAAAAUGAAAAGGAAUGGAAUAACUGA